AUGUCUUUCAAAUUGCCAUCAGAGAUCCAAGUCACCUCGCGUCAAAUCCCCCGGUGGAAAAGGAUCCCAAACACCUCUAUCCAAUCCAAACCCCUCAUGAUAUAUCACAAGGCGUUUGAAGCAAGUCCGAGCCAGCUCACAGCGCAUCUCGAGGAGGUCGGCGAGGUCAUCCCGCAGUGGGUCUAUGGCAUGUAUAGCCACACACACUACCACAGCACGACGCACGAAGUCCUGGGAGUCGUUUCUGGGCAGGCUCGUCUGUGUUUUGGUGGGGAAGAGAACCCUGGACGCUUCGAAGCGGAUAUUGAAAAGGGUGACUUGAUCAUCGUCCCCGCGGGCGUUGGCCAUCGGCAGUUGAAUGAGCUAGAGUCUGGCGGGGAAUAUUUCAAAAUGGUCGGGGCGUAUCCGAAGCAGAAGUACUGGGAUAUGUGUUAUGGGGAACCGGGAGAAGAAGAGAAGGUCAGGACCAUUCAGGAAUUGGACUGGUUUCAUAAAGAUCCUCUGUUUGGACCGGAUGGCCCUGUGUUACAUAUAGACAAAUAG